UGUGGCAUUAAAAUCCUGCUCGUAGUAGUUCAGAUUCAGAGUUUGGUAAGAGAGAAACACACACAAACCCAUAACCAAACAGAACCUUGGCGUCCCCUUAGCCGCUCGUAAUCCAAAAGGAGAGACCACAAUCAGAUGGCCGAGCGUCUCUCCCUCGCUUCGCCACCAUCUUCGUCCAUGGCCGCUUCCCUGAGCAGCACCGCCGCCUCGCGCCUCCUCCCGACGGCGGCCAGAGCUAGGCUUUCUCUCUCAUCCCAAUCAUUUCCACCAUCGUCUUCUCUUUCCUCUCUCAAGUGCAUCAGAUCCUCUCCUCUGUUUCUCCACCAGAGGAGAUCAUCUGUUCACGUCUCCAGCGGGGGAUUCAGCACAAUUGCUUCUCCGAAGUGCUUUGUGUCCGACCCUGAUCAGUUGAAGAGUGCUAGAGAGGACAUCAAAGAACUUCUUAACGCUAAGUUCUGCCAUCCUAUUUUGGUUCGCCUUGGCUGGCAUGAUGCUGGUACCUACAACAAGAAUAUUGAGGAUUGGCCACAAAGAGGUGGAGCCAAUGGAAGUUUGAGAUUUGAAAUUGAGCUAAAACAUGCUGCCAAUGCAGGUCUCGUAAAUGCAUUGAAACUUAUUCAGCCUAUCAAAGACAAGUAUUCUGGUGUGACAUAUGCUGACUUAUUCCAACUGGCCAGUGCUACAGCUGUUGAGGAGGCUGGGGGCCCUAAAAUCCCCAUGAAAUAUGGUAGAGUGGAUGUCUCAGGAUCUGAGCAGUGUCCAGAAGAAGGGAGGCUUCCUGAUGCUGGGCCCCCUUCACCUGCUGGUCAUCUUCGUGAUGUUUUCUACAGAAUGGGAUUGAAUGAUAAGGAAAUAGUAGCAUUAUCUGGUGCACACACUCUGGGGAGGUCCAGACCAGAACGCAGUGGUUGGGGCAAGCCUGAAACCAGCUAUACGAAAGGUGGACCAGGGGCACCAGGAGGACAAUCUUGGACAGUACAAUGGCUGAAGUUCGAUAAUUCCUACUUCAGGGAUAUCAAAGAAAAAAGAGAUGAAGAUCUACUGGUGUUGCCAACUGAUGCUGUUCUUUUUGAAGAUCCAUCAUUCAAGGUGUAUGCUGAGAAAUAUGCAGAAGAUCAGGAAGCAUUUUUCAAGGAUUAUGCGGAAUCCCAUGCCAAACUCAGCAACCUUGGAGCUAAAUUUGAUCCUCCAGAGGGUAUCUCUAUUGAUGAUGGUCCUGCAAAAGAUCAACCUGAGAAGUUUGUGGCUGCCAAUUACUCAUCUGGAAAGGAUUAAAAGAAACGAGUGUCAUGUUUAGUUGGCCAUAAAUUUAAUAACACGAGAAGAAGCAAUUUUCAAAUCCUGUGAAACUCAUGCCCAAAAACUUGGGUAGCCUAAAUGAAGGAGAAAGGAAUAAAAUUCAAUUAGUCUUUUGCCUAUUUGAAUUGCAGAGAGAGCUGUCAGAGGCCAUGAAGCAGAAGAUCCGAGCAGAGUAUGUAGCAGUCGGCGGGAGCCCGGAUAAGCCUCUCCAGUCCAACUACUUUCUAAAUAUAAUGAUUGUGAUUGCUGUUUUGGCAUUUUUGACUUCUUUGUUUGGGAACUAAAUAUUUUGAGCUUCUCCGAAAAAAAAAAAAAAAAAAAUUUGUUACUA